GAUCAGCCCUGUUGCUGAGCCAGUAGACCUAUAGGGGCUGAGUAAUUCUCUCGUAUUAAGGUUAGAAGAGUGUAUAUAAAGCACUUGAUACCUCAAUCUUUUCACUUGCAACUUGCAGUCAAGAGCGCUACAACCCGUGACGUCACCACCACGGUACACCGGAUAAAAGUACAGAAAAGUUCUCAUCGUCGUUCUCUGACAGACUGUUUCCCACCAUGGCAUCUCUACUGAAGACUAUGUCCAUUCUGGCCGUGAUGCUUUGCAUCACUGUAGGCUUCUCUGAAGCUUUCCCACGACCCCUCAAUGCCACCACGGGUGGAAACUUCACAAGCGGAAACUUUUCCGUCUUCGCUGGUAACUUUUCAAGUGGAAACUUCACAGGUGGAAACUCCACAAGUGGAAACUCCUCAAGAGGAAACUCUUCUAUCUUUGCUGGAAAUUUCACAGGUGGAAACUUCUCUAGUGGAAACUCUUCUCUCUUUGCUGGAAACUUCACAGGUGGAAACUCCUCAAGUGGAAACUCUUCUGUCUUUGCUGGAAACUUCACAGGUGGAAACUCUUCAAGUGGAAACUUCUCUGUCUUUGGUGGCAACGUCACAGGUGGAAACUCUUCAACUGGAAACUUUUCUGUCUUUGCUGGAAACUUCACAGGUGGAAACUCCUCAAGUGGAAACUUUUCUGUCUUUGCUGGAAACUUCACAGGUGGAAACUCCUCAAGUGGAAACUCUUCUGUCUUUGCUGGAAACUUCACAGGUGGAAACUCCUCAAGUGGAAACUCUUCUGUCUUUGCUGGAAACUUCACAGGUGGAAACUCCUCAAGUGGAAACUUUUCUCUCUUUGCUGGAAACGUCACAGGUGGAAACUCCUCAAGUGGAAACUCUUCUGUCUUUGCUGGAAACUUCACAGGUGGAAACUCCUCAAGCGGAAACUCUUCUGUCUUUGCUGGAAACUUCACAGGUGGAAACUCCUCAAGUGGAAACUUUUCUGUCUUUGCUGGAAACUUCACAGGUGGAAACUCCUCAAGUGGAAACUUUUCUGUCUUUGCUGGAAACUUCACAGGUGGAAACUCCUCAAGUGGAAACUCUUCUGUCUUUGCUGGAAACUUCACAGGUGGAAACUCCUCAAGUGGAAACUCUUCUGUCUUUGCUGGAAACUUUACAGGUGGAAACUCCUCAAGUGGAAACUCUUCUGUCUUUGGUGGAAACUUCACAGGUGGAAACUCCUCAAGUGGAAACUUUUCUGUCUUUGCUGGAAACUUCACAGGUGGAAACUCCUCAAGUGGAAACUUUUCUGUCUUUGCUGGAAACUUCACAGGUGGAAACUCCUCAAGCGGAAACUCUUCUGUCUUUGCUGGAAACUUCACAAGUGGAAACUCAUCAAGUGGAAAUUUUUCUGUCUUUGCUGGAAACUUCACAGGUGGAAACUUCACAGGUGGAAACGUCACAAGUGGAAACUAUUCUGUCUUUGCUGGCAACUCUUCAAAUGGAAACUUUACAGGUGGAAACUCAACAAGUGGAAACUUUCCUGUCUUUGUCAUCAACCCUUCAGGUGGAAACUUCACAGGUGGAAACUCCUCAGUCAUCAUCGCCGGUAACUCCACCAACGGAAACUACAGCUCCUUUGACCAGGGUCCGAUAAUUGGCUAACUCCAUCCUCGAUGAGAAGACAACAUUCUGAAUACUUAUCGUAAAUACGCGACGCAAUAAUGAAUGUCACAAUCUCAACAUAGUCAUUAACAAAAAGAAUAACGCUUACAUAAGAAUGACUUAUUUUAAAACCACCAUGACAUGCUGUUAAAGAACCCCCCCCCCCCUACUUCCAAUUCACACACAAAACCGAUAGUGCCGAGACAGUAAUCAACUGUAGCCACAAAUUCCUGAAGUAUACAAUAAUUCUUUUACGAGAACAGUUUAUGGUUGACCGAAAUACACCUUUCAUAUUAUUAUGUUUCGCUGUCAGAUGAAGGUAGUGACGCAACAUUUGUAUAAGCUCAUUGUCUAUCAUACAAGAAUUGACUAAGCCA